UCUCUAUCCCUCUCUCUUCCUCUUGGUAAAAAAUCAAUAAAAUAUAUUUCAAAAAAAGAAAGAAAGAAAAGAAUCCCACAUCAAAUUCCCUUCUCAACUUGAAAUCUUCAGAGCGAAAGCUAGAAUCUAAUCUUCCCCUCUUCUCCAGCCCCUCUGUGGCCUCAUAGUCUGAACUGUGUAGAUCCGCAGGAUGGACAAGGGCCCAGAAAGUUAAAAGAGCUUUGCUUCCCACACUCAGAGUCUCUCACGGCUGUGGCCCACAACCCCGAAAGAUGGCGUGUGCCCCACCAAACGCUGGCUACACCAGUAAGGCUUCCACCCUAAAGGGGAAAAGGGAAAAUCACCAAUCUUCCAUAAUAAACCCAUACUGAUCUCCAUAGCUUUUAACAAGAAUAUUUGUAACAUAAACCCAAUGAAUGGACAUUUAAUCAGCAAAUGGUCAAAUGCUGCCUCAUUUGAGAUGUAUUUUUCCCCAGGGGCUGAAAUCCCUGCAGGUUGAGUCUGGGAAGGCCCCAAGCCAUCACGUUAGGUCUGGCCAACCUCCCAGGCUUCUUCCGGGGGCCAGAUGGGAAGGCGGCGGGUUCCUCCAACUCCUGGGUUAACCAAAGGGAAGACCUUUCCUCCAGGCAUCGGGGCAAGCCUGGGGCAGGGAGGAGAGGUUUCCCUGACCAGCUCCUCGCCUUGCUUCUCGUUCCAGGUUCUCCUGGCCCAUUCUUGGGCGGGUGCCAGUGUUCUAGAAAGGGGAGAGAGGGCCGGGUUCUAGAAUGGCUUUUCCUGGAGAUCACAUUGGGAGGGCAUCUUGUCACGAGAGAGGGGCCUCCUGGGCACCGGCUGGGAAUAAAUUGCCUUGCCCGUGGCCGCUUCCCCUGCAGACUACUGCUGCUUUUCCUGGCUGCCCCCUCCUUCCCUGCAGUAGUGAAUUCUGGCAGCCUCAGAGGCCUUUGGUGCCUUGGUUUCCCCCCUCUGACUACCCAUCCUCCCCACCCCCCGUUCAGGCAUGAACCUGUCCCACAUCAUUGUGCUCCUGUGGGCCUGGGGGAGGCUCUGGGCCUUUGAAAUCGUGGAGAAGGAGAACAUCUUUCAGAGGACCCCCUGCCCUGCCUUCCUGAUGUUCGAUAACGCGGCCUACCUGGCCGACAUGAGCUUCGAGCUGCCCUGCCACUGCAAGCCCGAGGAGGUGCCCGCCGUGGUCUGGUACUACCAGGAGCGCCUGGGCGGCGGCCGCACCAGGGUGCUGACGGACUUUGACGGGCAGGUGCUGACGGCCGCGUCCCACGUGCGGGUGGGCAGCGACCUGCUGGUGCGCUUCAGCAUCCGCAUGUUCAGCCUGCUGGUGUUCCGGGCCCAGCCCGAGGACUCGGGCCUGUACUUCUGCGGCAGCCGCAGCGGGGACUACUUCUACGCCUACGACGUGGACAUCCAGAGCAGCGAGGGCAUGGUGGCCACCUUCAGGGACCUGGGCCAGGAGCCCUUCGCGGACGAGUACCGGGGGAGCCUGCACGUCUUCACCACCUUCUGGGAGUGGACCCCCUGUGACCGCUGCGGGGUCCGCGGGGAGCAGUGGCGCAUUGGCCUGUGCUACCUGCAGAGCCCGGACCUCUCCCCACGCUACCGCAAGACGAUGCCGGACGUGGUGUCCUGUGGCUCCCGGGCCGUGCCACGGAAGCUCCAGGCCCAGGCCAGGGACCACGCCCCCGAGCUGCUGGUGCGGAGCUGCAGGGUGCCCUGCAGGAACACCACGAAGAUCCGGGGGAAGCUGAUGGCCAUUCUGAACUACGUGUCCAAGGUGGGCAAACGGCCCUGGCUGCCCGAGGUGCCCAUCCAGUACCACCAGCAGAGGCUGAGUCAUGGACUCAUCAUCUCCUGCCCUGGGGCCCGGCCGGAGCAGGCGGUGGCCUGGGACAAGGACCGCCAGCACCUGUACCGCACGCAGUACCUGAAGGGCACCAACCGGUCCAUGAGGGUGUUCAUCGACCACGGCAACCAUCUCCACAUCCGCUUCACCCAGCUGGACGACAGGGGCAUCUACUACUGCUGGCGGCAGGGCGAGCGGGUGGCCGGCUUCCGGCUGGGCGUGGCCCCCUGGGGGCGCUACAAGGUCUCGUUCUCCGACCCCGAGGUCCGCUCGGCCCUGGAGCUCACCCUGGUCGGGUUCCUGCUCCUCACUGCGGUCUUCGUCGCCGUCCACCUCUGGCGCGGCUGCUGUUACGUGUUCCGCUGUUGUCCCAGCUUCUCCCGCUAGGUUCUCCCUCCGCCCUCUCUGAAGACCCGUGGGGCUCCCAUGUGUUUGUUAAAUGAUUCCAGGUGCUUCUGGGAUGUGGGCCAGGGAGGGCGAACAAGUGUGUUAGUCACAUCCUGCUCCCCGUUUUCGUGGGCGCUUCUGGGACCUGACCUGGGGCGGGGAGACGCCUGGGGCGGGUGGGACAUGGGGACGGAGGCUCUGAUGGAAGUGGCCGAGGUGCACGUGUCUUCUCACUCCAUCAGGUCAGAGGAGGAGGGAGGGAACCUCGUAGUUAUUAAAUGGCCUAUUCAGUAUUGAACGGUGUUGGAGGUGCUUUCUUUUCUUGCCUUUGAGGACUUGCCAAGUGGGUGCUGGUUAAAUCGGGGGUGUCACGGAGAAGAAGGAAGAAAAGAGUGGGGAAACCACGUAUAGGUCCUCUCUGCCUUCCUCCCAGCCUCGUCCUGGGACCGGCUGGUAGGGAGGUAAAGACCAGGACAGGGGAAAUGGGUGAGGAAAAUGGAGGACUCUCCUGAGAGAUUGCACCCACGCUGGAGACUGGGGGUGAGAAGAGGGGCUGGGAGCACAGGCAGGGGGAGGAGGAGGGAGUGGGGGGAGACGCUGCUAAGGCAGAGCAGGGUUGGAGGAGGGAUUUGUCAUGUGGUGGCUGCCAUGGGGGGAUGUUGAGCUCUGGAGAUUGAGCUUUUUGUUGAGUUCACAAGGAGCAAGUUGGGUCUUGUGCAAGGUUCCUUGCUGCUCCCUUCCCCGGCCCCAGCUUCUGAACAGAUCAGAGUCCACUCAGAGGGAGGCCACAGCAGUUGGCUUUAUUUAGCUCAGUAGCUAAAGGCAUGCGUGGGUGGCAGGAGGGAGUCAGAGAAAGGGCACCGAGCCUUGGAAAGAGAGUCCCAUCUCUCCCGCCCAUUAGCCUUAGAGGAAGAGGGGGACCCUGGAGUGGGUCCUCUCAGCCCCAUUUCUGGGCGCACACAAUCCCA